AUGCAUGAGAGUUUUGUACUCAUGGAUAUCCUCAACCGGGAAUAUGAACGAGCUGAAGCAGCAAGUCAAGCAGCUUCUAUGCAAGAGACAGAAACGUUUUGGCGAGGUUUAUUUGAGCAGUUCCAGGUGAAGAUUGUGAGUGAAACUGAUGCCAAAUAUGGAAAACUAGAGAAGGAGUUUUCAGAGGUGAAGAUUGAGCUUUCAGAGCUAAAGCAUUUGCUCUAUCAAUCUUUAACCCAAAGAAGUUCUCAGCAGCCACCAACAAGCUCCAAACCACCAUCUGUUGUUCUUUCUCAGCCAACGAAACCGCAAACAAAGACUGGACAGCCAUCAACCAGCUCCAAACCAACUCCGAAGCAGCAGCCGUUGGUGUCUCAAAGAAAGACUAGAGGGAAAUCAGGCAGCUUGAUAACAGGUCGUACUCAGCCGACAAGAAAGGGAAACAAAACAGAUGUAUCUGCACACAAAGUACAUGAUACUGAUUUAAUGCAAGACAAUAUCCAGGCCUACCUUUUGCAAAAGAUCAGCGACUUAUCUAAAGACUCUUCUGUACCUGUCUUUGAUCAGAAGGCAAGACAGCGGAAAGAGCAUCCUCAGCCGAUAGAGAAGGCCAGCAACAUUAAUGAAAACGUAGAUAACCUUUUGGAUAUAAACCUAACGCAGAGCUCACAGUUUGACAUGGAGGAGAAUACAGAGGACUACUUAUGCAGAAGAUUUGGUGACCUCACUCAAGAAUCCUUUGUGGCCCGGUUUUGA